UAAAAGUAAAAGUAGACUUCUCUUCCGGUAAUUGUAAAAAGCACGGCGAUGAAAUGGUUCCUUUAAGAUUAUCUAGAUAUUUUAAUCCAGCUGUUUGUGAUUUUGGUGUUUUUUCGUGCCUUACUCGACAACAAAUACUUCCUAAUCAUCUUGGAUAUUUGUCAACAUCAGCUAGUGUAUUAUCAAAUGAUAAUAAAGAUUUUAAACCAAACCCAGUAUUUAUCAAUAGAAACCCAAGGUGUUUAGAACAGACAGCAAUAGCUCCCAAAAGACAGGGUUGGACUUUACAAUACCCGACUAAAAACUAUUAUUAUAAAUUAAAAUUUGAGGUAACCCACAGGCAUACUACAGCUGAAGUAGAACAUAAUACAGAAGUAGUAGUAGUAUCAGCAUCUACCAAAGAAUGGGCAAUUAAACAAGGCCUUUACAGCACAUUAGAUAUAUCAGCAGCAAAGAAUAUUGGUCGAAUAUUGGCUGAUAGAUGUCUUCAGGCGGGUAUUACUCGAGUUUUUUAUGAUGAAAAGUCUGAAGAUAUAAAUUCAGAGAAGAUGCAAGUAUUUCUAAAGGCUUUACGAGAUGGACAGUUAGUACUGGAAGAACUAGACUAUGUAGCUCCAGCAUUCAAGCCAGGAAUAGAUUAUAGAAAGCCUAAUCGUGUUGGCGAGAAGAAAAAAUGGCAGGAUGAUUAUCAAAUAGAAUAAAAUAUAUGUGAUUAUUUAA